AAAAAAGAUUUUUGAAUGGAUAUUUUGAUUAGAAAAACGUUAAAAGUUAAGUAAUAAUACACAAAGUUAAAGCACUGAUACUAUGUAAAAAUAUGCAAUAUGUCUUUCUAAUAACUUGCUUUUAACAAAAACUUUGUGAUUCAUUCAAUAUUAUAAUGAAAGAGCUUUGUUUGUUAAUUAUUUUAAUUCGGCUAUGGUCCGUCAAUGGUGUAGGUAUCACUAGAAACGAACUCGGUGAUGAAUCGGAUAACAAAGCUGUUUCAUGUCCAAUGGGGACACUUAUAAUCUAUCAAGAUGAAACUUUUUCAAUACAUUGUUUCACAUCUAUGAAAAAUGAAGGUUGCGACUUAAUGUUUAUUGGUGGAAAUGCCAACGUAGGAUUUAUACCUGCAAAUAAUAAGAACAAAACUUUUGACGUCAUUUCUACAUGCGAAAACAACUAUAGUUUAAAAGUUGCAAAUCUUACAAUACAAGAUUACCCGACUAAUACAAACCAUAAAGUCUGGACAUCAUAUGGCAUUGAAGUAAUUCAAAAGUUUUUAAAUGUCCAAUCUCUUGAAAAAGAUAAGAUUUCUUUAAUAUUUUCUGGUUGGUCUGCAGGUGUUUUUUUAAAAAUACAGUUUCAAUGCAUAAACGACGAAGGUAGCAUUGCUCAAGAUAAUGAUAGAUUAUGUGUUUACUUUAAGUUUGCUGGAUAUUUGAAAUAUCCUUUGAUUGAUAAUUUUAAUAAGCCUACGUACACAGCAACAACACUUGAAAGUAAACCUACGUACACAGCAACAACAUUUGUAAGUACACCUACCUACACAACGUUAACAUUGAAUAAUACAUCUGCAGCAUUUUUGGAUAUAUCCACAACACCUCUAGUGACAUAUUUUAUAAACUUUACACAAAUGACUUUGUGGAAAGAAACAACAUCGUCAUUAGUUGUAGUACAUACAAGACAAACCACCGAGGCUGGGUUAUCUUCUCGUAUUGAUACAACUGCGGUAGAAUUUGCAAAAACACCGGAAAUGUUUUUGACACCAAUCUCAAUGCAACUAAGUGCACAACAUAACAAUUGGAGUAAAACUAAAACCUAUAUACUCAUUGGUGUUUUACUGGCAUCUUUUUUUUUAAUUAUUGUGUUUAUAGUCGUUCUAAUUUUACGACGAAAAAAGAAAUGGAGAGAAAAUAACGAAAAUAGCACAGGGGUACAGAGUAAAAAAAGCAACCGUAUUCGUAGAAAAACUAUUUUGUUAAACACUCCGACAAUUUUUAAUAAAAAGAAGUACGACGAGUUUGAUAACUACGAAAAUUUUGAUUAUCCAACUUCGGAUAAAAAAAAAAGUGUUUGGUUUGUUAACCAAAUCUUCAAGCACGACGAGCAAAUAGUAGAAGAUCCCCACAUAUACAACACCCUUGGAAAACAAAAUCUUUAAAGAAAACAAACAAAAUCUGAAACACAACAGAAUGGUAAAAUGUUUUUAUUCCUCGUCCUGGAUAAUAUUUUGGCUACAAUAACUGAGUUUAAUUCUGUAACAGACAGCGUUUUACUUCUGUACAGAUAUUGAAAAUACAAAAAAUGACAUUUGCAUUUAUUUAAAGCUGUUAAAAAAUAUUUAACUAACUGAUUGUUAUGAAAAGUCCUUCUUUUCUCUAAUAAUACUACUAACACAUUAAAUAAAUUUUGAUUAAAUCA